UUCCCCACCUACAACAAUAUCAGCCCCACCACCACCACCACCUCUCAAGCUUCCCUCCCUUUGUAGUAGUCAUAGAAACCGUGACACUACUAGACAAGUAGUUUAAGCUUUUAGGAGGACGUGCAGGGGAAAAAUGGUUUCUACAAUAAGAGUUGUAUCAGUGCAGUUUGUGUGGUUGGCCUUCAGUCUGUGUUGUUCUGCCUUGGAUUCCCGUGAUUACUAUAACGCCCUUGAGAAAUCCAUCCUCUUCUUCGAGGGACAACGAUCAGGGAAACUACCAUCCAACCAGCACCUCACAUGGAGGGGCGAUUCUGGGUUAUCUGAUGGCUCCUCUUAUCAUGUGGAUCUAGUGGGUGGAUACUAUGAUGCAGGGGAUAAUGUCAAGUUUGGUCUGCCCAUGGCUUUCAGCAUGACAAUGUUGUCAUGGAGCAUUAUUGAGUUUGGUAGUUCAAUGCAGGACCAGAUGGAACAUGCUAAAGCUUCUAUCCGCUGGGGCACAGAUUAUCUGCUAAAAGCUUCCACGGCCACCCCUGACACAUUAUAUGUUCAAGUAGCAGACCCCAACAUGGAUCAUCGUUGCUGGGAGAGGCCUGAAGACAUGGAUACACCUCGUAAUGUAUACAAGGUUUCUACUAACAACCCAGGGUCUGAUGUUGCAGCAGAGACUGCUGCUGCAUUGGCCGCUGCUUCAAUUGUUUUCAAGGACUCUGAUCCUUCAUACUCUGCCCAUUUACUUCAGACUGCCAUGAAAGUAUUUGAUUUUGCAGACCAGUACAGAGGAUCUUACAGUGAUUCCCUUGGUUCAGUGGUGUGCCCAUUCUACUGCUCUUACUCUGGAUACCAUGAUGAGCUACUAUGGGGGGCAUCAUGGAUUCAUAGGGCCUCACAGAAUGGUUCCUACUUGGCUUACAUACAUUCCAAUGGCCACACUCUUGGUGCAGAUGAAGAUGACUACUCCUUCAGUUGGGAUGACAAGAGAGUUGGAACCAAAGUCCUUCUUUCAAAGGGCUUCUUAGAGAAGAGCAUCGAGGAAUUUCAACUAUAUAAAGUACAUUCAGACAAUUACAUCUGCUCCCUGAUUCCAGGAACAUCUAGUUUUCAGGCCCAGUAUACAACAGGUGGACUUCUCUACAAAGGAAGUGAGAGCAAUCUCCAGUAUGCAACUUCAAUGGCUUUCCUCCUAUUGACAUAUGCCAAGUAUCUGAACUCAAAUGGUGGAGUUGUCUCCUGUGGGACUUCAACUCUAACGGCUGCAAACCUCAUCUCACUGGCAAAGAAGCAGGUUGACUACAUUUUGGGACAGAACCCAGCAAAGAUGUCAUACAUGGUGGGUUUUGGUGAGAGGUAUCCACAGCACGUUCAUCAUAGGGGCUCAUCCCUACCAUCUGUACAUACACACCCUAAUCGCAUUGCCUGCAAUGAAGGGUUCCAGUAUUUAUACUCCAGUUUGUCCAACCCAAAUGUCCUUGUUGGAGCCAUAUUGGGUGGUCCAGAUAAUAGAGACAACUUUGCUGAUGACAGGAACAACUAUCAGCAGUCUGAGCCAGCUACUUACAUCAAUGCUCCAUUUGUAGGUGCUCUUGCAUAUUUUUCUGCUGCAACAUCAAUAGCGAACUGACUGAAUAUAAUUACAUUUCUCUUGAUGGAUAACAAUCGUCCCAUGUAAUUUCUAUCCUUCAAGGGGAGAUCGGAAGCCCUUAGGUCUGAUUUCCAUAUAAAAUAUCUAAAAUAAGGACAUGUGUUAAAUAUAAAAAAUGAGUUGAUUACUCUAUUUCUUAACAGUUA